AUAAUUUUGUAUUUCUGGUUCAUCUACUUGCAGUUUAGCAUAAUUGUAAUUGCAAAUGUUACCAACCCAAAACCAAUAUGCCUACGAAAACGAAGAAAAAGGCAGUUCGUGACGCGGAGAGGAAGAAAAUAGGGUUUAAUAAUGCUCCUACUUCUAAAGAAGCCGAUUUGGAAGAUGAUACGCCAAAAUCGUUUAAGAGACUCAUGAAAAUGAAAGAGUUUUCUGAAAAUAAGCUGAAGAAACAAGCAGAACCAGAGAAGAAAAAGAAUAAACCACAAAGUAAUGAGCAAUUGAAGCGAAGACCUGGCGAAAGUAUGCGUGAAUUCAGUCUGCGGGUGAAUCAAAGUAUUCCGGUGGCAUUUAAAUCAGGAAAGGCGACGAUUGAUGAAUUUACGGAUAAGAGGGAUAAGAAGAAGAUUCUAAAAUUUCAAGAAAAACGCCAACGUGAGCGGAACGAGGCCGAAGAAAAUUUGGAGGAUAAGAAUUGGGAAGAAGAUGUUUCUGGAAACUUCAUUCAUGUUGAAUCGCGUAAAAAACGCAAAGGUUCUCCUGAUCCUUGGGCUGGUAUUCAAGAGAAACCUGCCUUUGGCGAAACUGUACAAGCUCCCCCCAAACUUCCCGAGCUGAAGUUGAGGAAGAAGAUUACGGUAGAAAACGUUCCAAAAUUUAAUAGCAAAGGUCAGCCCGAGUCUUUAGCAAGGCGACAAGCACUCGGACAGGAACGUCAAGAACUAAUUCAAAAGUAUCGUGAGCUGAUGCACGGGGGUAAAAAAUGAUUUUGAAAUACGUUAGUUAUUUACAUAUUAUAUUUGGGUUUAAGGUAUAAAUUUGUAUUAUUAUUCCA